GAAAGAACAGCGCUGAGUACAGAGCCGAGAUAUCAGGAUGCAAUCAGCGUCGGUGCAUGCGACACGAGUUCUGGUUCUGCUGCCGCUCAUCUGCUGUGUGGUGGCGAGCAGUCUGUACAGCCCUUACGAGUACGGGAUCUUACAGCAAGCGGCCCUGCGUAAUAACAGCCACAAUCUGGUCGAGGGAUGGAGACAAUACGGAGACAGACUACUGCACAGAGACCUCGUGAAACAGAGCUACAGGUUCCUAAGCACCACGACGGCCUACUUGCGCUACCCUGCAUGGGGAAUCAGUAACGUGACGAUCACCUACGUCGUGGCGCUGGACCAGUACGUUGGUGGGACCGGAGGUUACGCCAGUGUCGUGGAUGGUGGGGUGGGGCAGAGACACGUGGCAGUCAGUUUCAGGUCCCAGAAGAGCCGGGGCCUUAAGUUCAUAGUCGAAAUUUAUGGGAAAUAAAACUUUGUUAGGUUCUCGCGGCGAUGAAGAUCAUGAUGUUCUGCUGUGUUGUGAUGCCGUGUAGACACGUGGGCAGAUAGGAUAUCUUCAUAAUUAAAAACCGAUGUUUUGUCUCUUCUUUUUGUAAA